AUGCACUUUGUCGACGCCUUACAGAAUAAAAUCCGCGCCAACUACCCCUGGGCAGCGUCUCCACUCAUAGUGUCGGCGCCCAUGGCCAAAGUCGCCAUGCCUAAACUCGCCGUGGCUGUUUCCCGGGCGGGGGGUCUAGGGUUUAUUGCAGCAGGAUAUCAUAGCGACCACCUUGAGGAUCUACUAGAGGAAGCUGAAGAUCUAUUCCAGGAAGGACUACCCGACACUCCGGUAGAGAGCGAGAAAGGAGUCCCAAAGUUCUUGCGUAUCGGCGUGGGGUUUAUAACCUGGAGUGCCUCCCUGGAAAAGGCGCUCCCCUCUUUUUCCAGAUAUUGCCCCGCUGCUGUUUGGCUCUUUGCUCCACCAAAGGGCUUUCAGGACCUUAUUCCCUGGGCCACCAAGAUCAGAGAGGCCACCGCAUUGAGGACCAAGAUCUGGGUGCAAGUCGGCUCUGUAUCCGAUGCGGUCGAGGUAGUUAACGCCAUCGACCCCGAUGUCAUCGUGGUCCAGGGACUGGAUGCCGGUGGGCAUUCGCUGGCCCGAGGAGCCAGCAUUGUUUCCCUUGUACCGGAAAUCAACGACAAGCUUCGGGAGCUCCGUCCGUAUCCUCAGAAGCGGGCUGAUGUUCUAGCUGCUGGCGCAAUCAGUGACAGUCGCGGUGUCGCCGGAGCUAUGGCUCUUGGUGCUCAAGGGUGUGUUCUUGGAACACGUUUUCUUGCUAGUCCCGAAUCUAUGAUCGCUUAUGGCUAUCAAAAGGCAAUUCUAGAUGCCUCGGACGGGGGCAUAACCACAGUUAGAACAAAGAUAUACGAUAAAGUUCGUGACAUUCAUGGAUGGCCUGAGGGCUACGACGGCCGCGGUCUGAUAAACAAGACCUUUCUUGAUCACCUCGGAGGCCUCAGUGAAAUCAAAAACCGCGAGCUCUAUCGUGAAGAGCUGAAUCGGGGCGACGAAGGCUAUGGACCCAAUGGAAGGCUUACCACGUAUGCUGGGACCGGUGUUGGACUCAUCAAAGAAGUGAUUUCCGCGGGGGACAUUGUGAAGUCCUUGCGUGAAGGUGCCCGCAACAUUCUCUUUGGGCAGCAUCAGCCCAAACUUUGA